GAAGAACCAAGGCGGAAGUAAGAGAAGAGGCUAAAAUAAACAACACGGACACUUCACAAACUAGCGCAGAAAUGCAUUAAAAGGUAAAGAACAUAAUGUGACAUCUGAAUCUCUGGACUCCUGGAAACCGCUGCUGCGAUGGUGGUGAACUGGGGCUGGACGCCAGUGUCCUGGAAAUUGUAUCACUGUACAAGUCUGGCAUGAAAACUGUACAGACUAAAAAAUGACUCCAGGAAAUCAAGAUUGAGUUUUUGUUUUGUGAAUAAGCUGUUCAAAGAUGGCGGCAGAAGGCGAUGAAAAGGAGUUGGAAGGGCUAAUGGAGCAUGAGGAGACAAUGAGUGGCAGUAAUUGGGAUACGUCUGUGGGUCAAAGCUUAGAAAAUGAAGACGAAGAAUUAUCACAAGACAACCAAACUCCAUCCAGCCCUCAUGAUUCUGGCAUUGGUGAAUCCGGUUUCUACGAGCCUAGAGAUGACACCGAGGAAGUUACGGAGGAGAUCUCAGACGAACUGGACCCUGAUGUGGAAAAUAUGCAAGACGAAGAUGAUCAGAAGGAGAUGAAUGGAGAGAGCGGCUGGAGGAAUGCAGGAAAAAAAGGCAAAGUUAGAAGCAGCGGAUCGAUUUCAGAGUCAACUUCUGCCUAUGUUCCUAAAGGCAGCAGCGUACCUAGACAUAAACAAGCCCGAAGACGCAACCAUCAUCAUCACCAACAAAACCGCGGGCGACGAAGGACUGGCAACCAAUUAUUUUCGUCUUUUAAGGAAAUGCUAUCCGAAUCUGUUAGUUUAUGGUGUAUCUCUUGCGUCCAUAUGAUGAUUGAAAUUAUAGUGACUUUGACUCAUAACUGCGGUGUGGGCGUGGAAGCCGGGGGAGUAAAACUGUACAACUUUGGACAAAAACUUAUUGUUAAAAUCUCGGAUGUCCCUGGGAUGAAGGCGGAUGCGACGAGGUUGUACAAUUGGACUAAAAGUAACGCUUUGAACUGUAAAGAUAAACUAGUCACAUUUGGAAAAUUCACAAUGUCUUCUGCCUUAUCUUGCUCUAAGCUUUUCUGUGCACUGGCUUUUCUCACAUUUCUUUGGGUUAAAGGAGUUGUAGGACGGAUCGGAGGAGAGAGGGGGAAGCGAUUUUGCACGUAUAUUCAAGAAUCAAGGUUUUGGCAGAAGUUGGUGGGGUUAGUAGAGAAAGUGAGGAACUGUUUUAGGAGGAAAUGUGCCCCUUGCGGUCCUGAGUCGCCUGGAGGUCAAGGGGUGAGAGGAGCACCGGGGCAGGAGCUGGAGCGGCUUCUGGCGUUGGCAGACGUCCCAGAGGAGGAGCUAGACCCCUUCUCUGUGCUUGGGGUGGAAGUGCAUGCCACAGAAGCCGAGCUCAAGAAGGCCUACAGGCAGCUGGCGGUGCAGGUUCAUCCAGACAAAAACAAACACCCUCGAGCCGGGGAGGCGUUCAAAGUGCUGCGUGCUGCCUGGGACAUCGUCAGUAACCCUGAGACCAGGAGGGAGUAUGAGCUGAAGAGGAUGGCGGCAUCUGAGCUCUCUAAGUCAAUGAAUGAGUUUCUGACCAGACUCCAGGACGACCUGAAAGAAGCCAUGAACACCAUGAUGUGCACCAAAUGUGAAGGAAAACACAAGCGUUUUGAGAUGGACCGUGAGCCGUCCGAAGCGCGGUUUUGUGCCGAGUGUAACCGUUGCCAUAGCGCUGAGGAGGGGGACUUGUGGGCGGAGUCAAGCAUGCUGGGCCUCCGCAUCACGUACUUUGCCUGUAUGGACGGCAAGGUCUACGACAUCACAGAGUGGGCGGGCUGUCAGAGGAUAAGCAUCUCUCCGGACACUCACCGCGUGCCGUACCACAUCUCGUUUGGAGCCAAGAACAGCAGCUCCACACGACACAGAGCACCUUCCGAGCACCCCCCAGGCCCCACAAACCCGGCCGACCUCCAGGACUUCUUUAACCGCAUCUUUAAGGGAGCGGCGCCCCCCACUGACAUGUCUGCCAAUGGCGCCUUUUUCCCCUCUGCCCCACACCCUCCCCCGGGCCCCGGUACCACAUCUGGCCCGGGCCCUACCUUCCCCCCUCCGCCUCCGGGACCCUCGAGCUUCUUCAUGCCCGGAAAUCAGCGCUCGGAGCCGGGUGAGAGCUGGGCAGAGACUGGGAAGCAGCCGAGGAGGAGGAAAAAAGUGCGAAAGCCUUUUCAGAGGUGAAGACUUGUGUGUUGUCUGAGGAAGGGACACAGGAAAUAAUGGCCAUUUUGGAUCUCACGCGCAGUGGGUCGACAGAGACGCAGCUAGUUUCAAUGAAGUUUUGCUGUUGGUGCUUUGAAUUCAUGCCACAUUGUAGAUUUUCUCAUUGGCUUUGGGGCAAGUUUUGAAGAUUAUAAAUUUUUACAAAAGUACAAAUUUUAAUAAUUUCAAACUCUUAUCCUGAUGGCGUUGCUCAUUUUAAAACCAUCAAAAACAAUCCAACUAAAAUCAAACUCUGGUCACUAUGUAGUAAAGUGGAGAUGCCAGCAGAGGGCAGUAGGUCUUGGCUCUGUUAUGCUCAGUUGAACAGAAAGUGGGACGAAAUUGUGUGUCUGAUGCAAUUUUAUUACAAAUAUAGCUGUUAAUAAUGAAUGGUAUCACAACUACAGACACUAGGCCUGUCAAAGUAACACAUUUUUAAAGCUACAAUAUGUCACUUUAUUUUUCUUGGAAAGGGUCCCCCACCUGCUAGACACAAUACAGAUGUUACUGGUUUGUCUGGAAUGUUCCGUGGUAUAGCAUUAAAGAUGUCUAUUUCGCAUGUAUUCAAUUACAGUUAUUUUUACGAAAAAAAAAAAGAAAAGAAAAAAUGGCGUUACUGUAAGCAGGGACGUCUUUCCUCAGAUCUGAUCUGUAACUUGGGCUGGUGGCAUUAUUUUUUCAUAUUUUUAAUGCUAUAGUAUGUAACAAUCCUGGCAAAGCAAUAACAUCUCCAUGGAGACAAGCAAGUGGACGGACCUUCCAGCAGAAAAGGUACACAUUACGCCUUUAAAAUCCGUGUAUCAUUCGUUCAUUUGUUUUUCAAUAUAAAAUCAAAAAUAAGAAAACGAAAAAAAAUCCGUGUAUCAUUCGUUUUUCAAUAUAAA